CGCCGCCGCGGCCCCCGGCGCGGUCGACAUGGCGGCGGUGCUGCAGCAAGUCCUGGAGCGCGCGGAGCUGAGCAAGCUGCCCAAGGCCGUGCAGAGCAAGCUGGAGAAGUUCCUCGCCGACCAGCAGUCGGAGAUCGACGGCCUGAAGGGGCGGCACGAGAAGUUCAAGGUGGAGAGCGAACAACAGUACUUUGAGAUAGAGAAGAGGCUAUCCCACAGUCAGGAGAGACUUGUGAACGAGACCCGAGAGUGCCAAAGCUUAAGGACGGAGCUAGAGAAGCUAAAUAAUCAACUGAAGGUACUAACUGAGAAAAACAAAGAGUUGGAAAGUGCUCAAGACCGCACUACUGCCAUUCAGAACCAACUUACAAGAACAAAGGAAGAAUUAGAAGCUGAGAAAAGAGACUUAAUUAGAACCAAUGAAAGACUGUCUCAAGAACUUGAAUAUUUAUCCGAGGACAUUAAACGUGUAAAUGAAAAACUGAAAGAAAGCAAUACUACAAAGGGUGAGCUUCAGUUAAAAUUGGAUGAGCUUCAAGCUUCAGAUGUUUCUGUUAAGUAUCGAGAAAAACGCUUGGAGCAAGAAAAGGAAUUGCUACAUAAUCAGAAUACGUGGCUAAAUACAGAGUUGAAAACUAAAACUGAUGAACUUCUGGCUCUUGGAAGAGAAAAAGGAAAUGAGAUUCUAGAGCUUAAGUGUAACCUUGAAAAUAAAAAAGAGGAGGUUUCCAGGCUGGAAGAACAGAUGAAUGGCUUAAAAACAUCAAAUGAGCAUCUCCAAAAGCAUGUGGAAGAUCUGUUGACCAAAUCAAAAGAGGCCAAGGAACAACAGGCCAGCAUGGAAGAGAAAUUCCACAAUGAAUUAAAUGCUCACAUAAAACUCUCUAACCUAUACAAGAGUGCUGCUGAUGACUCAGAAGCAAAGAGCAAUGAACUAACCCGUGCGGUAGAUGAACUACACAAACUUUUGAAAGAAGCAGGAGAAGCCAACAAAGCAAUACAAGAUCAUCUUCUAGAGGUGGAGGAGUCUAAAGAUCAAAUGGAAAAAGAAAUGCUUGAGAAAAUAGGGAAAUUGGAGAAGGAAUUGGAAAAUGCAAAUGACCUCCUGUCUGCCACAAAACGUAAAGGAGCUAUACUGUCUGAAGAAGAGCUUGCAGCCAUGUCUCCUACUGCAGCAGCCGUAGCUAAGAUAGUGAAACCUGGCAUGAAAUUAACUGAGCUGUAUAAUGCUUAUGUGGAAGCUCAAGAUCAGUUGCUUUUGGAGAAACUAGAAAACAAAAGAAUUAAUAAGUAUCUAGAUGAAAUAGUGAAAGAAGUUGAAGCUAAAGCACCAAUUUUGAAACGCCAGCGUGAGGAGUAUGAACGCGCACAGAAGGCUGUGGCAAGUUUAUCUGUUAAGCUUGAACAAGCUAUGAAGGAGAUUCAGCGAUUGCAGGAGGACACUGAUAAGGCCAAUAAACGUUCAUCUGUACUUGAAAGAGACAAUCAAAGAAUGGAAAUACAAGUAAAAGAUCUUUCACAGCAGAUUAGAGUGCUUUUGAUGGAACUUGAAGAAGCAAGGGGUAAUCAUGUGAUUCGUGAUGAGGAAGUGAGCUCUGCUGACAUAAGCAGUUCAUCAGAAGUGAUAUCACAGCACCUAGUGUCCUACAGAAACAUUGAAGAGCUCCAGCAGCAAAAUCAGCGGCUCUUAGUGGCUCUUAGGGAACUUGGGGAAACCAGAGAAAGAGAAGAACAAGAAACUACAUCAUCCAAGAUCACUGAGCUUCAGCUCAAACUUGAGAGCUCCCUCACUGAACUGGAGCAGCUCCGUGAAUCACGACAGCAUCAGAUGCAGCUUGUUGAUUCCAUAGUUCGUCAGCGUGACAUGUACCGUAUUUUAUUGUCACAAACAACUGGAGUUGUCAUUCCUUUACAAGCUUCCAGUUUGGAAGAUAUUUCUCUCAUGUCAACUCCAAAACGGUCAAGCACAUCACAGACUGUUUCUACUCCUGCUCCUGUGCCUGUUAUUGAAUCAACAGAGGCUAUAGAAGCCAAGGCUGCUCUCAAACAGUUGCAGGAAAUUUUUGAGAACUACAAAAAAGAAAAAGCAGAUAAUGAGAAAGUACAAAAUGAACAACUUGAGAAACUUCAAGAACAAGUUACAGAUUUGCGAUCACAAAACACCAAAAUUUCUACCCAGCUAGAUUUUGCUUCUAAACGUUAUGAAAUGCUACAAGAUAAUGUUGAAGGAUAUCGUCGAGAAAUAACAUCCCUCCAUGAGAGAAAUCAAAAACUCACUGCAACAACUCAAAAGCAGGAGCAGAUCAUCAAUACGAUGACUCAAGACUUGAGAGGAGCAAAUGAGAAGCUAGCUGUUGCGGAAGUAAGAGCAGAAAAUUUGAAGAAGGAAAAGGAAAUGCUUAAAUUAUCAGAAGUUCGUCUUUCCCAGCAAAGAGAGUCUCUAUUAGCUGAACAAAGAGGGCAAAACCUGCUACUAACUAAUCUGCAGACAAUUCAGGGAAUACUAGAGCGAUCUGAAACAGAAACCAAGCAAAGACUUAGUAACCAGAUUGAAAAACUCGAACAUGAGAUCUCUCAUCUAAAGAAGAAGUUAGAAAAUGAGGUGGAACAAAGGCAUACACUCACUAGGAAUCUAGAUGUUCAACUUUUAGAUACAAAGAGACAGUUGGAUACUGAGAUAAAUCUUCACCUGAACACAAAAGAGCUAUUAAAAAAUGCUCAAAAGGAAAUUGCUACAUUGAAACAGCACCUCAGUAACAUGGAAGUCCAGCUUGCUUCUCAGUCCUCACAGAGAACUGGUAAAGGUCAGUCUAGUGACAAAGAAGAUGUAGAUGAUCUUCUAAGUCAGCUUAGGCAGGCAGAAGAGCAAUUGAAUGACUUGAAGGAGAGACUCAAAACAAGUACAAGUAAUGUGGAACAGUAUCGAGCAAUGGUUACAAGUUUAGAAGAAUCCCUGAACAAGGAAAAGCAAGUGACAGAAGAAGUACGUAAGAACAUUGAAGUUCGUUUAAAAGAAUCAGCUGAGUUUCAGACACAGUUGGAAAAGAAGUUGAUGGAAGUAGAAAAGGAAAAACAAGAACUUCAGGAUGACAAGAGAAAAGCUAUAGAGAGCAUGGAACAACAGUUAUCUGAGUUGAAGAAAACACUUUCUAGUGUGCAGAAUGAAGUACAGGAAGCUCUUCAGAGAGCCAGCACAGCUUUAAGUAAUGAACAGCAAGCCAGACGUGACUGCCAGGAGCAGGCCAAGAUAGCUGUGGAAGCUCAGAAUAAGUAUGAGAGAGAGUUGAUGCUCCAUGCUGCUGAUGUGGAGGCUCUGCAAGCCGCCAAGGAGCAAGUUUCAAAAAUGGCCUCAGCCCGUCAGCAUUUGGAAGAAACAACCCAGAAAGCGGAAUCACAGUUGUUGGAGUGUAAAGCAUCUUGGGAGGAGAGAGAGAGAAUGUUAAAGGAUGAAGUUUCUAAGUGCAUGUCUCGCUGUGAAGAUCUGGAGAAACAAAAUAGAUUACUUCAUGAUCAGAUUGAAAAUUUAAGUGACAAGGUUGUUGCCUCGAUGAAGGAGGGUGCACAAGGUCCAUUGAAUGUCUCUCUCAGUGAAGAAGGAAAAUCACAAGAACAAAUUUUAGAAAUUCUCAGAUUUAUACGAAGAGAAAAAGAAAUUGCUGAAACUAGGUUUGAGGUGGCUCAGGUGGAAAGUCUACGUUAUCGACAAAGGGUUGAACUGUUAGAAAGAGAGCUGCAGGAACUGCAAGACAGUCUAAAUGCUGAGAGGGAGAAAGUCCAGGUGACUGCAAAAACUAUGGCUCAGCAUGAAGAACUGAUGAAGAAAACUGAAACAAUGAACGUAGUCAUGGAGACCAAUAAGAUGCUAAGAGAAGAGAAGGAGAGGCUGGAACAGGACCUGCAGCAGAUGCAAGCAAAGGUGAGGAAACUUGAGCUAGAUAUUUUACCCUUACAAGAAGCGAAUGCUGAGCUCAGUGAGAAGAGUGGUAUGUUGCAGGCAGAGAAGAAGUUGUUGGAAGAAGAUGUCAAACGUUGGAAAGCACGUAACCAGCAUCUAGUAAGUCAACAGAAAGAUCCAGAUACAGAAGAGUAUCGGAAGCUCCUUUCUGAGAAGGAAGUUCAUACUAAGCGUAUUCAACAGUUGACUGAAGAAGUUGGGAGGCUGAAAGCUGAAAUUGCAAGAUCGAAUGCAUCCUUAACUAACAACCAGAAUUUAAUCCAGAGUCUGAAGGAGGAUUUAAAUAAAAUAAGAACGGAAAAGGAAACUAUUCAAAAGGAUUUAGAUGCCAAAAUAAUUGAUAUCCAAGAAAAAGUUAAAACUAUUACUCAAGUUAAGAAAAUUGGACGCAGAUACAAGACUCAGUAUGAAGAACUGAAAGCACAGCAGGAUAAGGUCAUGGAGACUUCAGCUCAGUCUUCUGGAGACCAUCAAGAACAGCAUGUCUCAAUGCAGGAAAUGCAGGAACUCAAGGAAACCCUCAACCAAGCUGAAACAAAGUCAAAAUCACUUGAGAAUCAAGUAGAGAAUCUGCAGAAGACAUUAUCAGAAAAAGAGACAGAGGCAAGAAAUCUUCAGGAGCAGACUGUUCAGCUUCAGUCUGAACUGUCCCGACUCCGUCAGGAUCUUCAGGACAGAACCACACAGGAAGAGCAGCUCCGACAGCAGAUAACUGAAAAGGAGGAAAAAACAAGAAAGGCUAUCGUAGCAGCAAAAUCAAAAAUUGCACACUUAGCUGGUGUGAAAGAUCAGCUAACUAAAGAAAAUGAGGAACUUAAACAAAGGAAUGGAGCCUUAGAUCAGCAGAAAGAUGAAUUGGACGUUCGCAUGACUGCCCUUAAGUCCCAGUAUGAAGGUCGAAUUAGUCGCCUGGAAAGAGAGCUCAGGGAGCAUCAGGAGAGACACCUUGAGCAGCGGGAUGAGCCUCAGGAACCCACUAGUAAGGUCCCAGAACAACAGAGGCAGAUCACAUUGAAAACAACUCCAGCUUCUGGCGAAAGAGGAAUUGCCAGCACAUCAGACCCACCAACAGCCAAUAUUAAGCCAACUCCCGUUGUGUCUACUCCAAGUAAAGUGACAGCUGCAGCUAUGGCUGGAAAUAAGUCAACACCCAGGGCUAGUAUCCGUCCAAUGGUCACACCUGCAACUGUCACAAAUCCUACUACUACCCCAACAGCUACAGUGAUGCCCACCACACAGGUGGAAUCACAAGAAGCUAUGCAGUCAGAGGGGCCUGUUGAACAUGUUCCAGUAUUUGGCAGCACAAGUGGAUCUGUUCGUUCCACAAGCCCUAAUGUCCAGCCUUCCAUCUCUCAGCCCAUUUUAACUGUUCAGCAACAGACACAGGCUACAGCCUUCGUACAACCCACUCAGCAGAGUCAUCCUCAGAUUGAACCUGCAAAUCAGGAGCUGUCUCCCAACAUAGUAGAGGUUGUUCAGAGUUCACCAGUUGAGCGACCUUCUACUUCCACAGCAGUGUUUGGCACUGUUUCGGCCACUCCAAGUUCUUCUUUGCCAAAGCGCACACGUGAAGAAGAGGAGGAUAAUGCUAUAGAAGCAUCAGACCAAGUCUCUGAUGAUACAGUAGAAAUGCCUCUUCCGAAGAAGCUGAAAAGCGUGACACCUGUGGGAACUGAGGAAGAAGCUAUGGCAGAAGAAAGUACUGAUGGGGAGGUAGAACCACAAGUGUAUAACCAGGAUUCUCAAGAUUCCAUUGGAGAAGGAGUCACCCAGGGAGAUUAUACACCCAUGGAAGACAGCGAAGAAACCUCUCAAUCUCUCCAAAUAGAUCUGGGCCCACUUCAGACAGAUCAGCAGACAACUACUUCAUCCCAGGAUGGUCAAGGCAAAGGAGAUGAUGUCAUUGUAAUUGAUAGUGAUGAUGAAGAGGAGGAGGAGGAUGAAAAUGAUGGAGAACAUGAGGACUAUGAAGAAGAUGAGGAAGAUGAUGAUGAUGACGAAGAUGACACAGGGAUGGGAGACGAGGGUGAAGAUAGUAAUGAAGGAACUGGCAGUGCAGACGGUAAUGACGGCUACGAAGCUGAUGAUGCCGAGGGUGGUGAGGGGACUGAUCCGGGUACAGAAACAGAAGAAAGUAUGGGUGGAGGUGAGAGUAAUCAGAGAGCUGCUGAUUCUCAAAACAGCGGUGAUGGAAAUACAGGUCCGGCAGAGUCUUUUUCCCAGGAGAUUUCUAGAGAACAGCAGCCAUCAUCAGCUUCUGAAAGACAAGCCCCUCGAGCACCCCAGUCACCAAGACGCCCUCCACACCCCCUUCCCCCUCGGCUGACCAUUCAUGCUCCACCACAGGAGCUGGGACCACCAGUCCAGAGAAUUCAGAUGACACGGAGGCAGUCUGUAGGGCGUGGGCUUCAGUUGACUCCAGGGAUAGGUGGCAUGCAGCAGCAUUUUUUUGAUGACGAAGACAGAACUGUUCCAAGUACUCCAACUCUUGUGGUGCCACAUCGCACUGAUGGAUUUGCUGAAGCAAUUCAUUCCCCACAGGUUGCUGGUGUUCCUAGAUUCAGGUUUGGGCCACCUGAAGAUAUGCCACAAACAAGUUCUAGUCACUCCGAUCUUGGCCAGCUCGCUUCUCAAGGAGGUUUAGGAAUGUAUGAAACACCCCUCUUCCUGGCUCACGAAGAAGAGUCCGGGGGCCGAAGUGUUCCCACGACUCCUCUGCAAGUAGCAGCCCCAGUGACUGUGUUUACUGAGAGUACCACCUCUGAUGCCUCAGAACAUGCUUCACAGUCUGUCCCGAUGGUGACAACAUCCACUGGUGCUUUAUCCACCACAAAUGAAACUGCUGCAGGUGAUGAUGGAGAUGAAGUAUUUGUGGAGGCAGAAUCUGAAGGUAUUAGCUCAGAAGCCGGCCUGGAAAUUGAUAGCCAGCAAGAAGAAGAACCCGUUCAGGCAUCUGAUGAGUCAGAUCUCCCGUCCACCAGCCAGGACCCUCCUUCCAGUUCUUCCGUAGAUACCAGCAGUAGUCAACCAAAGCCUUUCAGACGAGUCAGACUUCAGACAACGUUGAGACAAGGUGUCCGUGGUCGUCAGUUUAACAGACAGAGAGGUGUGAGCCAUGCAAUGGGAGGAAGAGGAGGAAUAAAUAGAGGAAAUAUUAAUUAAAUGAUCUGUAAACUAUAAGUGUGAAUAAGAUCAUCAAAUCUCUUUUAGUGUAAUGACUGUCAAGUUUAAAAACAUUUUUAUAUUUAAAUUGGUAUGCUUGUCUCAACAUGCUUUAUUAAUAAAAUGUAUUUCAAUGUCAAAAUGUAUCAUUCUUUUCUUCAUUUUCAUUAGUUGACUGUUCCUUUGCCCAUCAGUCUAAGGACAGUUGUACCAGACCUUGGAUAAGGUCUGCCCAGAACGAGUGGUAAUUGCUCUUGCAGUUCUGGUAGGCACAUCAAUGUUGUAGUAUUGAUCUAAAUGAAAGAGAAAUUGUUUUUUAAUUAGAAAAACACUUGAAUUCAAAAUAACUUACUGUAUUCAUUGUUUAUCCUUUUAAUAUCAGAUAUAUUUUUAUUACUGGAUUUCAACUUUCUGAUGAAAACAGUUGCCUUGACAAAGUGAUCUUUCAGUAUCUUUCAGUAAAAGUCAUGUUUGAAUCUUUAUAGUAAGCAUUUAAGAAUAACCAAGUUGGUCUAAAAAAUAAUUUCAGUUGGAUUUUAUCCAUUUUUAAAAAAUACAUUCUGAUGUCAUUUUAUGUUAUAGACUCAUAAGCAAAAUAACAGAUUUCUAAGCUUUCCAGAGAAAUAUCCUGAAUAAUAAAUUGAAUUAAAAUUUCUAAGAGCAUCUUUUGUCUUAAGAACUCUGUAAUGCAGCAAGUCAGUGUAACUGUGGCAAACAAGGCAGCUGUUGGAUGCCAUGGCUGAGACAAGUAAAGGACCACCUUCAGCAGUUUGGCUCGAGUAAUCGGAUGCUUUAUUAUAAUCCCAUGAAGAUCAGAGCAGAAUGGGCUACAGUAUCUUCUGGCUGAAUUGAAAUGAAAGCAGAAAUCUAAACUGGCUUCACAGCAACUAUUGUAACUCCCCACUCAGUCACCACUGCACAUUUCAUGUUUGCACUUUCCUUAACAUUCAUGUUUUCAGAAGUGAGAUUCCCUCGGGAUGCUGUUAAAAUGUUAACUUGAUAACUUACCUUUAGAAAAAGCAUAGUAAUCGUAGCCAUCAGGUUUUCUGAUGUUGGGCAGUGAUAUAGCUGAGGUGACCACACUCGGAAGCCCUCUCCACAUUGUACUCACUUUAACUUCAUUAUGGAGGAAACCUGCAAAUGACAUUUUUAAUAAAAGGCAGAUUGAAGAGUAUCCUGUCAUUCGUCUUAGAAAGAGCCGGGUAAACCUGCGUAUUGAUCUCACUGUGUUCGCUUAUCACUGUAACAGUGAGUUGAUUUCUGUGCUACAGUUUUUGCCCUCUGAUGUAGCACGAAUCCCUGAGUAUUGAAAUAUUGAGAAAUAAUUUUGAAAGUGACAGAUUUGUAUUCAAUGCUGUUGGUAAGAGGUACUUGAUAAGUAGUAUUUUUUAUAGUGAACAAACUUAACAAAACUGCUUUUACCCACCAAAAAAAAAAAGAUUGAUCUUUGUUUACUCACGCAAAUUGAUGUGUUUUGCAUUAGAAAGCUUAAAAAUAUUACAGCAAUUUGAUGAAUAGUCAUGUGUAAGAAUUUAUAGAUCAGUUAAAUGUUACCUUUGUCUUGGUAAGCAACUCUGACUGGUGAGUAGUGGAUUCUGAUGGUAUGUGUUUGUGGUCCCAGGGCCCGCUCGAAGCGCCGCCUCCUAAUCUGUGCCGUUUCUCCAUACACGGAAUAAUUUAUAGGCGUCCGUCUAGUACACUUUCUGACAGGUUCCUGCUUGUAAGUGUACUGCUGAAUGCUGCCACCUAUUACAUAUUAGGAAAUAGAAUGCAAAAAUGAAUUUUGAUCCUCUAAGAAAAGAUAGUUUUACAAUGUGAAGUAAAUAGUAUUUUUUCUAAUUUUGCAUAAAAAUAUUUCCAGAUAUUAAUGGGUAUGGGGCAGGGGUGUUAUUCAGUACUAAGCCCUGAAAUACAGAUUGAGUUUCAGCAAGUUGCAAAAUCAUGUAUUUAACUUUAUUGAAAGUAAAUGAUGAUAUUCUUUGUAUUAGUGACCUAAAAACUCAGAAGAAUUGAUAUGCAUGUCAAGAAAUUUAAAUACUUAUGCCCUUCAUUUUUAUUUUCAUUGGAAAUAUUUGAUUCCAGCUCUUAAAGAUACCCUUUGAUAGUAAACCCAAGUAAUAAAACAUUGAAUAAAAAUCAA